AGGCGGCGGCUCCCCCGCGGCUGGCCGCGCGCGCGCUGCGGCGAUGCCGGACCAGAUCUCCGUGUCGGAAUUCGUGGCCGAGACCCAUGAGGACUACAAGGCGCCCACGGCCUCGAGCUUCACCACGCGCACGACGCAGUGCCGGAACACGGUGGCGGCCAUCGAGGAGGCGCUAGACGUGGACCGGAUGGUUUUGUACAAGAUGAAGAAAUCCGUGAAGGCAAUCAACAUCUCCGGGCUGGCUCACGUGGAGAACGAGGAGCAGUACACCCAGGCGCUGGAGAAGUUCGGCGGCAACUGCGUGUGCAGGGACGACCCGGACCUGGGGAGCGCGUUCCUCAAGUUCUCCGUGUUCACCAAGGAGCUGACGGCGCUCUUCAAGAACCUGAUUCAGAACAUGAACAACAUCAUCACCUUCCCCCUGGACAGCCUGCUGAAGGGGGACCUGAAAGGAGUCAAAGGGGAUCUGAAGAAGCCUUUCGACAAAGCCUGGAAGGACUACGAAACCAAAAUAACGAAGAUCGAGAAGGAGAAGAAGGAGCACGCCAGGCUGCACGGCAUGAUCCGCACCGAGGUCAGCGGGGCCGAGAUCGCCGAGGAGAUGGAGAAGGAGCGGCGCUUCUUCCAGCUGCAGAUGUGCGAGUAUCUGCUGAAGGUCAAUGAAAUUAAGAUAAAAAAGGGAGUGGAUUUACUUCAGAAUCUGAUCAAAUACUUCCAUGCCCAGUGCAAUUUCUUCCAGGAUGGGCUGAAAGCCGUCGAAAACCUCAAGCCUUCCAUCGAAACGCUUUCGACGGAUCUUCACACCAUCAAACAGGCCCAGGACGAGGAGCGCAGGCAGCUGGUGCAGCUCCGGGACAUCCUGAAGUCGGCGCUGCAGGUGGAGCAGAAGGAGGACGCGCAGCUCCGCCAGAGCGCCGCCUACAGCCUGCACCAGCCCCAGGGGAACAAGGAGCACGGCACGGAGCGCAGCGGCAGCCUCUACAAGAAGAGCGACGGGAUCCGGAAGGUGUGGCAGAAAAGGAAGUGUUCGGUGAGAAACGGCUUCCUGACCAUCUCGCACGGAACCGCGAACCGGCCUCCCGCGAAGCUCAACCUGCUGACCUGCCAAGUGAAGACCAACCCCGAGGAGAAGAAGUGCUUCGACCUCAUUUCACAUGACCGGACGUACCACUUCCAAGCCGAAGACGAGCAGGAGUGCCACGUGUGGAUGUCGGUGCUGCAGAACAGCAAGGAGGAGGCCCUGAACAACGCCUUCAAGGGGGACGACAGCGCCGGGGAGAACAACAUCGUCCAGGAGCUGACGAAGGAGAUCACCGCCGAGGUCCGGCGGAUGGCGGGCAACGACGUGUGCUGCGACUGCGGGGCGCCGGGCCCCACGUGGCUCUCCACCAACCUGGGCGUCCUGACCUGCAUCGAGUGCUCCGGGAUCCACCGGGAGCUGGGCGUGCACUACUCCAGGAUGCAGUCCCUGACCCUGGACGUGCUCGGGACGUCCGAGCUGCUGCUCGCCAAGAACAUCGGGAACGCGGGCUUCAACGAGAUCAUGGAGGGCUGCCUUCCCGCCGAGGACGCGGUCAAGCCCACCCCGGGCAGCGACAUGCACGCCAGGAAGGACUACAUCACCGCCAAGUACAUCGAGAGGAAGUACGCGCGGAAGAGGCACGCGGACGGCGCGGCCAAGCUGCACAGUCUGGGCGAGGCCGUCAAGACGAGGGACAUCUUCGGGCUGCUCCAGGCGUACGCCGACGGCGUGGACCUGACGGAGAGAAUCCCGCUGGCCAACGGACACGAGCCGGACGAGACCGCCCUGCACCUUGCCGUCCGAUCGGUGGACCGGACUUCUCUGCACAUCGUGGACUUCCUGGUUCAGAACAGCGGGAACCUGGACAAGCAGACGGGCAGGGGCAGCACGGCCCUGCACUACUGCUGCCUGACCGACAACGCCGAGUGCCUCAAGCUGCUCCUGCGGGGCAAGGCCUCCGUCGACAUAGCGAAUGAGUCUGGAGAGACGCCGCUGGACAUCGCCAAGCGCCUGCGGCACGAGCACUGUGAGGAGCUGCUGACCCAGGCCCUGGCCGGGGGACUCAGCUCCCACGUGCACGUCGAGUACGAGUGGCGGCUGCUGCACGAGGACCUGGACGAAAGCGACGACGACGCGGACGAGAAGCCGCAGCCCAGCCCCAGUCGGCGGGAGGACCGGCCGGUCAGCUUCUACCAGCUGGGCCCUGGCGCAGCCUCCCUGGCCCGAGACGUCGCCGGCCUGGCCAAGGACAAACAGCGGAGCUUCGCACCCAGCGUCCUGCAGAACGAGACGUACGGGGCCAUCCUGAGCGGCAGCCCGGCACCCGCCCUGCCUGUGGCCCCCAGCACCACCAGCGCCCCCCCGCUGCCCCCACGGAACCUGGCCAAAGCUCAGACAGCCUCCUCCGCUCACGCCCCGUGGAAGACCAGCUCUGUGAGCGUGGACGGUGUGAGCCGGCAGCGGUCUUCGUCCGAUCCGCCGGCCGUCCACCCACUGCUGCCCCCUCUCCGCGUGACAUCGACCAAUCCCCUGGCUCCCACGCCGCCCGCUCCCGCAGCCAAGAUGCCCGGUGUGAUGGAAGCCUUGGGCCAGCAGAACAAGCCGGCCCAGCCCGGGGCCCCCCUGGGCAAAGCCGCGCCCCCACCCCUGCCGCCCCAGCCACCCAGCCGCCUCCCUCAGAAGAGGCCUGCUCCCGGGACCGACAAGUCGACCCCACUGGUCAGCAAAGGCCAGCCGAGAGGACCUGAUGCCCCGGGCCCCCUGCCCGGCACCGCGGCCCUGCAGCCCCCCGCGCCCAUGCCCAGGAAGUCCCAGACAACCAAGCUGAAGCCCAAGCGGGUCAAAGCCCUCUACAACUGCGUGGCCGACAACCCGGAUGAGCUGACCUUCUCCGAGGGGGACGUGAUCAUCGUGGACGGGGAGGAGGACCAGGAGUGGUGGAUCGGCCACAUCGACGGGGACCCCGGCCGCAAGGGGGCCUUUCCCGUGUCGUUCGUGCACUUCAUCGCCGACUGAACUGCUGCCAGACAGAAGCCACAGGCCUGCCCCUGCGUCGUCGCCGGGGCCCGAGCCGCAGCCCCUGACAUCCCUGUCCUGUCUUUAAAACUCAGAGGCGACGUAUGGAUACACGUGAAUCGGUUUUAUAAUUUGUGAUUUUCAUGAAACAUCGCUGUCUGCUUUUGUUGGGAAAAACGGAAUUGCCUGAAAGGUGACCUGAAGAGGCACGUGAACCACGGAACCGAGGCCCUGGGUCUCCAGGACCACCGACCCUGAACACGGUUGCGCUGGGGAAGGAGGAGGUCCUUCCCGCCCCCCCCGUCCGGCCCGGCCCGUCCCUGAGGUCGGGGGCCUGGAGCGUAACAACUAUUUAAGAUGCCAGUAAACUAAAUGCUACCAGUUCACCUUUAUAGACUU